AUGCAGCUCUACAGCAGCGUCUGCACCCACUACCCCGCCGGGGGCCCGGGUUCCACGGCCGCCGCGCCCGCGCCGCCGCCCGCCGCCGCCCCCUUCAGGGUCUCCGUGCAGCCGCCCCCGGGGCCCGCCGGCGGCGCGCCCGAGCCCGAGACCGGUGAGUGCCAGCCCGCCGCGGCCGCCGAGCCCCGAGAAGCCGCCGCCGCCGCCGCCAAGAUGCCCGCCUUCUCCUGCUUCGAAAUGGUGUCCGGGGCCGCCGCGCCCUCCGCCGCCGCCGCCGCCGCCGGCCCGCCCGGCGGGUCCUGCAAGCCGCCGCUGCCCCCGCACUUCACGUCCACGGCGCAGAUCACCGUGCGGGCCCUGGGCGCCGCCGACCGCCGCCUGCUGCCCGGGCCCGAGCCCGCCGCCGCGCCCGCCCCGCGCGGCCGCUGCCUCCUGCUGGCCCCGGCGCCCGGCGCCCCGGCCCCGCCGCGGCGCGGCUCCUCGGCCUGGCUCCUGGAGGAGCUGCUGCGGCCCGACGGCCCCGAGCCCGCGGGCCCCCCGGAUGCAGCCCGGGAGGUCCCCCCGGACCGAAACUUCCGACUGAGCGAGCACCGCCAGGCCCUGGCCGCCGCCAAGCACCGCGGAGCCGCGCCGCCCGCGGGGAGCCCGGCGGAGCCCGGCCCCGGCCCGUGGGGCGAGGAGCACCCGGCGGACAGGAGUCUUGUUCGGGGCUGGGACCGGCCCGGCGACCGCAGCGACCCUCCCGGCGCGGACGAGGCGCGGCGGCGGCCGGCCCCCGAGCCCGAGCCCCCCGCCGCGGCGGCCCGGAGCGGAGAGGCCGCCCAGAACGGCGCCCCCGAGGCGGCCGCGGCCCUCGCCUCCCGCUCGGACGCCCGGGACGAGAAGCUGGCCCUGUACCUGGCGGAGGUGGAGCGGCAGGACAAGUACCUGCGGCAGAGGAACAAGUACCGCUUCCACAUCAUCCCCGACGGCAACUGCCUCUACCGCGCCGUCAGCAAGACCAUGUACGGGCACCAGAGCCUGCACCAGGAGCUGCGGGAGCAGACGGUGCACUACAUCGCCGACCACCUGGACCACUUCGGGCCGCUCAUCGAGGGCGACGUGGGCGAGUUCAUCAUCGCCGCCGCGCAGGACGGGGCCUGGGCCGGCUACCCCGAGCUGCUGGCCAUGGGGCAGAUGCUGAACGUGAACAUCCACCUAACGACUGGCGGGAGGCUGGAGAGCCCCACGGUGUCCACUAUGAUCCACUACCUGGGCCCCGAGGAUUCUCUCAGGCCCAGCAUUUGGCUCAGUUGGCUCAGCAACGGACAUUAUGAUGCGGUGUUUGAUCACUCCUACCCCAACCCGGAGUAUGACAACUGGUGCAAACAGACUCAAGUGCAGAGGAAACGCGACGAAGAACUCGCCAAGUCCAUGGCCAUCUCCCUCUCCAAAAUGUAUAUCGAACAAAACGCAUGCUCUUGA